AUGCAUCGAACACCAAUGGUCCCGCUGUUGGUGCUGAUUUUGGUAGCAUUGCUUCCGCCAGCCUCGGCAUUCCCUCUGGUGCAUUUGAGACGACGGUACCACCAUUCCACUGCGAGUAGUGCCAUAUUGUCCAAAAGUAGUGGACCACAAGGUCCGAGCAGGAGUACCACAACGAUCGUUCGCGCCAACAAUGAUGAUGGGAGCCUUAGCACCAGUAGUGUGACUACUGCGAUUGGUGCGGCUUGUCAACCCGUCGUUUGGGUAUCGCUCUACAGUGUGGCGACGACUCGUGCAGGUCUCCCGGCCGGUCCGUUUGGAUUGGUGGGUGCCGUGGAAGGUUUGUCGUACCUGGUGGUGGUUGGAUUGGCAUUGUCCUACAUGUUUUCUCCCUCAAAGGAGGAGAACGAUGCCAAGACAACAACAAUCACAGUGGAGCAGGUUUCAUUGGGCACCGUGACUGUUGGACUGUUGACUUUGGCGUGGUUGGUGGCGGAUCAGGGCUGUGUUCCCAAUGCCAAGCCCAUUCUGGACUAUUCGGAUUAUCUUCCCGUGUGUGAUGCGGACCAAACCCCAGGUCUCUUUGGUGGAGGUAACUAA